AUGAAGUUCACCAUCACCAACACCAUCGGCCUCCUGGCCGCUGCCUCCUCCACUCUGGCAGCACCCCUCGAGGCUCGCCACGACCCAGCCAAGCCAUUCACCCUCGACAUCUCUUUCAGCAACAGCCCCCUCAGCGGCCCCAUCCAAGCCUCUGGCGGUUCCUUCUGGAUCGGCAAGAACGCAUCGACCUCGUGCCCUUCAAACGUAAACCCCUGCCCAGCCGGCAACAGCACAUCCUUCACCUCGUCAGGAAACGGUCUUCUCUACCUCAACACCGAAGUUCCCGGCGGUCAACAAGUCUACAUCCGUCCUGAUGGCCUGCUCACUUACACACAACCCCACUCCGCCUCUGCACCUUCUGGCUCUACUUUCUCUGGUUUUGAAAUCUCGCCGCAGAACCAGAUGGCCAAGUUCUAUGAUUUCUGGCUGUGCAGUGAGGAUGCCACGGACAAGGCUUACCGUAUCUGGCUCGAGUACCGUGACAGCAAGGGUGCUAUCACACAAAACGGCAAGACUGGAAAGAAUGCUUGUACUUUGGUUAACCUUUUGGCGAGUGAUGUUAAGAAGGAGGGUCCCGCUGCUUGGGAGUACAACUAG